AUGCCUCGACUUACCGUCAUUUGGCCACCACCCUCAAAUGCGAUAGAGUCGGCCCCGAUUUACGCGCAGCCGAAGGGAAGGAUGGACACCGCCACGUUGCCCCGCAAUUUCUAUUUGCAAAAGGCCCAAGAAGUGGCGGUAGACGAGGGCUUCUCGUCAAAUUCCGCCAACUCCUCCCAGUCGUCGAAUGAUUACGCGCCCGCUAAACGGGACACAAGCGUUACCCGCGGCGUAUUGGGCCAGCAGAAGAGUGUGGAUGAGGGUGCCAUCAGGGUGCACCCAGACUACACGGCUGCCAGCCUGAGCCGAAAGGCCAAGGUUCCGGUUGGAGCAAUGUUUGACGAGCGGCGCUUCUCCACCCUGGAACCCCGCGAGCGUGUUUUCCGCAAAAACGGACCCCCACCCCAGAUCCACGACGGCUACAGCACAAUGCCUUCAGAUGCCGUACGGAGGGGGAGCGAAAACGGAGCCGAGUGGGCAGUGUGUAAGCUGGUUAUUCCGUCGGAAAGCCCUCGUGUUGCAACGCUUUUACCUUUACUUUUGACCAAUGCGUUCCUU